GUCUUUCAUGCCCGACGAACCACUGCAUUGCGGUCCAACACUUGACGUCGUUCUUGGGCCACUUGCUUUCCUCGUGGACACCGACCGCCCCCCUUAGGGCCCGUGGAGACCACAACAAUCCUCUGGCGAACACCUCAACAUCUAAUGGGAUAAUUGCACUGCGACAACCUCGGGACGAACAGGUUCCGUGACACCAUAGAAGACGCGCGAUAGACGACUAGACCACCCCCACUCACCGGAAUAUCCAACACCAAAGCUCUAUAUAUCGACCCUGAAACAAUUGCAAUGGCCCUUAAGGCGUCCUACCUCUUUAAGCCCCUUAGCAGGCCGUCAUCCCCCGCACCUCCGACUACGGCAGCUCCUAUGUCUCGUUCCGAGUCAACAGAGGCCCGCUCCCGACCUCUCACCAAGCUAUCCCUCUCGAACUUCUCCCGCAAGAGUUCCCCGGCUCCUCCGCCUGCACGAACCUCCCCGCCCGCCGUACAGGAAGGCUCCACGCUGGAGAUGCUCAGCCUCAAGUUCAGCGAGGCCGUUUCCAAGGCCCUCACACAGCCUCCCGCGGCCGCAGGAGCCACCGACGUGGUCAAUGGACGCCGGCCCCUGCCUGCAGGAAGGGGCAAAGCACUCGGAAACAGCAUUGCGCAUGAGCUCGAUGGCGCUACCGGUAACGCGCAGCUCCGCCGGGCAAUCAUCCGCUCGCUGCACAGGCCUCUCUCCGUUAUGCUCACCAUGCUGUCGUCCCACGUCAUGCCUUUGAUAUCAUCGCCCUCUUUCCAGCAGACGCUGCUGCCGACUGUCCAGGCACCGAACCCGCCACCGAUACAACAGCAUGCACUCGGCUAUGCCUCGUUCGCAGGCGAGCUCCUGGACACGUUCGACGACCUCGGCCUCGGGGUCGACAUACCCGGCGACUUCCGAGGUGACGGAUUGAAAGGCAUCCGGGAGGGUCUGGCCUCCGUACUUGGGAAGAUCCUCAACCCCAUGAUCCAGGCCAUGAAGGACGAGCUGGCGCCUCUCAUCGAAAGCCUCGAGAAGUGGGUUCCGGCUACUUCGACCUCAGCCUCCAACGGGCUGGGCACGAAGCCGAAGGGGUCGCAACUGCAUCAGUCGAUGGUUACGCUGCAGGCCAUCGUCCCCCUCUAUGCCAAGACCCUGAGCCGCUACACUACCCCGAUCUCCGCACAAGGCAACCUCGCACCCUUCCUCAUCUCCCUGAUCUGGCGUGGCAUGGUCGCUCUGACUCACCGGCCCAUUCCUCUCUCUCUUUCCCGGUCGACGACGCCAACCAAUAGCCCCUCUGGAUUUAAGAAAGGACGUGCUUUGUCCAUGUCGGUGACGACCCCUCCUCCCACCCCACCCCUAAGCGGCAGGUUCGGCCUUAAACUACCCCCUUCCCGGCCUCCCUCGCCUCCCUCGCCUCAGUUCCCGAAGCAGACCCCUGCGGCGUCAGACGCGAAGACGCUCUUCACGCUGCUCAACGCGUUCCCUAAGCCAGAUGCUGAGAGGUCCGCUACCAAGGUCGCCCGCGAAGCCGUCGACGACGCGUUCGACGCUCUCACAGGCCUCAUCCUCCUCCUCGAGUCGGUGCAGACCCGUGCCUCGCUCACGAUGGAGGACCUCGACGACCUCGAGUUUCUCACCGAGGACCCGCCUACGCUCAUCUCGCUCCAGGUCCUCCUCGCGGCCUAUGUCUUCCCGCCCCCUCCUGCCCUGGAGAAGGAAAGGGAGAAGCCCGCGCAGCCUGCGCCGACCAUCGCGUCCAUGGUAGGGCUCAGCGAGGAAGACUACAGGCAAGGUUGCCUUGGCGGAUUCGGCCGCGCUGAGCAGUGCGCGGCGCUCGUGGGCCAGAAGGUGCUUGACGUGCUACAGGCGAACACGGCGAACCCGAAUGCGAGGGUUGUGGCCCGCUGGCUGGAGCUGCAGCUCGAGGAGGACGGAGCGGAGCAUUGACUAUAUGGCCCUGUUAAUAGCGGAUAUCUAUGUCACUGUGGUACCAGCUGUCCGGAUCGGUUCUCCAUCUCUCGGGAUAUUGGGAUAUUAAAUACCGUUAUAUCUGUAUCUCCUCGUUUAAGUACAUAUAUGCGACUUCG